UCGCACAUAUCUCUGUCCUCCCUGGGCGAGACGUGUGCUUCCUACAUCGACCACGUCGCCACCAAUCUGUCUCCUUCGCUCCAGACUUUACACCAUCAACUCACCACCACUCUUUCGUCAGCUCAAGCCUCGUCUCCCUUGCGUUUUCUCACGCCUUGGCCGGAGCCGAACCCGGAUCACGCCGCCAGCGAUUAUACCGCCCCGAUUACCUACACUCUUCUCGCGUUUGCGAUCGCAAUCGUCGUCAUGUCUUCCUGGCGCAGUCCCUUCACCUUCUGGCGCCGUUCUCCCAACUACACCAACGUUCAAAACCCUCCCCAUGUAACCGACAACGAUUUCAGCUACAUCACGACGGACGAGAUCGUCAACCCGCUCAGACAGCCACAGUAUGGACACCAGUACCCCGGUGCCGAUGAUGCUGAGCCCGACACCAUCCUUUUGAAACACCGCAAGAACACCUACGACCUGCACUUCCCUGCUUACUCCAUCAAUGAGGGCGCCCUCAGUGUGGGUCAGCUGAGACAACGGGCUGCAGAGGUGACGCAGACGCCUGACCCGAAGCGGAUCCGACUACUGUACAAAGGAAAACUGUUGGACGACGAUUCAUUGCCCUGCCGGGCGGAGGGACUCAAGCAGCAGUCAGAGGUCUUGUGCGUGGUCUCAGAGGUGCAGCCCGGGGAGAGCUCGCCAAGUGAGACGUCCGAGGCGGAGGUUGAACUUCCUCCGCGCCAGGACGAACCCCCUCGCAAGCGAUCGGGCAAGAACAAAAAGCGCGGGAAGAAGGGCAAGAAGCCGGGCCCUGGUGGCGCAGCAGUCGACCCGGCCACUCUACCACCCCCGGCGCAAGCGGCGCGACCAUCCCCCUCGCCCGGCCGUUCAGCCAUGCCCUCACCCGCACCUAGCCUCAACUCCUUCCGCACCCCGCUGGAUCAAGCCAACGGCCUCUUGUCGUAUCUUCAUCGGGAAUUGCUCCCUCUCUGUGAAGAGUACUUUGCCAAUCCCCCGACCGAUCCGAAAGCACGCGAUUUCGAGCAUAAGAAGCUCAGCGAAACCAUCCUCGCCCAGGUCAUCCUGAAGGCAGACGGGAUCGAGAUCACGAAUGACGAGGACCGUGCUGCUCGUCGCGCGUUGGUCAAGGAGGCACAGGGCUUACUGGCCAAGCUUGACCAGGCA